GUUACAUUUUACCAUUCUGGAAUUUGCAAUGAAUAGAUAAUUGUACUUAGAUAAAAACCUCUUAAAAUAUAUACAGAGAAAAAGGUAUCGUAGAACCAUUCAAUGAUACGAGAAUUUUACGAUAGUUCGGAUGAAGAUGACAUGGAAAAACAGUAUCAAAUAGAUCAAGAAUGCUUGGUGACUCGGCCUGACUGCGACAUGCAUAACCGGUGCUGUGGUGGUAAAGCUUGGUGCAUUAGGGACAUUUGCGGUAUAAUAUGUGCAGUGUUAACAUGGCUCCUGAUAUUGUAUGCGGAGUUCGUUGUAAUGAUGGUGAUGCUUCUGCCAGGCGUCUCCACAUACCCGGUGUAUAGUUACAUUAACAUAUUCAUAUUCCAAAGCCUGGCAUUCCUUGCAUUUGCAUCACAUCUCAGGACCAUGUUUACUGAUCCAGGUGCCGUUCCGAAAGGUAACGCGACAAAGGAAAUGAUUAAGCAGAUGAGUUUCCGAGAGGGUCAGUUGAUAUUCAAGUGCACUAAGUGCUGCAGUAUUAAGCCAGAACGAGCGCAUCACUGCUCAGUCUGCCAGCGCUGCAUUAGAAAGAUGGACCAUCACUGCCCUUGGGUUAACAACUGUGUUGGAGAGAAUAAUCAAAAAUAUUUCGUUUUAUUCACGUUCUACAUAGCGGCUAUAUCAAUUCACGCGGUGGGUCUCGCGGUGUACCAGUUCGUGACGUGCAUUCGACACGAGUGGCGAGACUGCAGUGCCUACUCGCCACCCGCCACCGUCGUCUUACUGCUGUUCCUGAUCGCGGAAGCAUUACUAUUCGCCAUUUUCACCGCCGUUAUGCUUGGCACUCAAUUACAUGCCAUAUGGAACGAUGAAACCGGUAUAGAGCAGCUUAAAAAGGAGCAAGCCCGAUGGGUCCGCAAGUCUCGAUGGAAGAGCAUCCAGUCGGUUUUCGGCAGGUUCUCCAUACUUUGGUUCUCACCGUUCACUCAACCUUCACCCAAGACGAAAUUGGAAAGCUAUCUCUAUAGUGUUUAGUGCUGGCGCUCAGUAAACCCGAAUGAGGAAAAUAUCGAGGCUGCAUACGAACAUUGUAAAUAGUAUUAAACAUUGGUCUAUGACACACAGGUAUUAUAGUUAUACCUAGAGACCUUACAAUGUAGUCAAUUGAACUAUUGAACUAUUUGUAGUCAAUUGAAACUAAUUCAGGAAGGUCCGAUGCCAUCAGAAUAUUAGAAUAACAAGUAUUUUAUAUAAAUAUUGCUUGUAGCGAUAUCUGAUGAUUAAUUCUUGAACUUCUCUGAACUUAGAUCAAUUGACUCCUA